CCGACCAGGUUUUAGACUAUUUUGUACGUUUUAAAUAAUAAAACGACAUAUAUGUAAAUAUUUUGAGUGUUUUAUUUAGUAUUUACACCUAUAUGAUACUCCAAGUUACAGUCAUUACUGCUCACAAAUACUAUACCGUGUGAUAAUUUUAUCCGUAGCAUGUUCAAAACACAAGCUGCACCAGGAAGUGAGGUGUUCGGCAUUGUACUCCUGAAGUGACCGAUCAUCCAAAUGAAAGGUUUUUGAUGGAGAGGUGGGAGCUCCAUAGAGCCAAGUGACUAUGGACACCCUGUCCAGCCACAGCUCCUACCUCCUCCAGCAGCUCCAGGAGCAGAGGAUCCAGGGGAUGCUCUGUGACUGCAUGCUGGUCGUCAAAGGUGUCUGCUUCAAAGCACACAAAAAUGUCCUGGCUGCAUUCAGCUCUUAUUUCAGGUCAUUGUUCCAAAAUUCUCCUGGUCAAAAGAAUGACAUCUUCAACUUGGUUAUCCAGGAUGUCAGUGGCAUUGGUCAAAUAUUGGACUACAUGUACACCUCCCACCUUGACAUCAACCAAGAUAAUGUUCAAGCACUUCUGGACAUUGCCCAAUGUUUGCAGGUGCCAAAUGUCCAGAGCAUGUGUAAUGCUUUCCUCAAGCCCUGUCCUCCACCAGUGGACAUCCCAUCAUUUCCUCUCCCAGCCAUGCUGGGCUCAGAGCAUGACUGCCUUCUGGGAAACAGCCUGCCUCAUGAUGUGGACCUGCACUGUUCAUCUGAAGGUCAGAGGUCUGGCUUCAGUAGUGAUAUGGACCACUCAAAAAGGUUGCUCCCCUCUCUGUCUAAUAACAACUCAAACUGUGACACAACUAGUGGCACUCAGGCACCUGUAGAAAAACAGUUAGUCCAUGGCUACAAGCUCCGUAACUUCUACAGUAAGCAGUAUUUCAAACAAAGUGCAAUUCAGACAAACAGUGCAGCAUCAAAUCAAAAUCCAGGACCUCUGGUUGUGGCUGAAGAGCAGCCAUGUCAACUUGUCAGUCAGGGAGGGAGCAAUACCCCUGUGUGCACAGGAAACACAGUUCAGUCCAACCCUCCUCCUCCUUGGACAUCUAUAGCUGUUGAAAAGAACAAUAGCACAUCCUCUUUAACACUGUCAGAAAGUUUAAACACAUCCAACUCUGUCUCAGGAGACUCUAUGCUUAACAAACCAGUGCGUCCAAAGAAGACCGUGUACCUGAAGAAGUACAACUACCUCCGGUCGCAGAAGGCUUUAGAGGAGAUGUGUGCUGAGUCAGUUAUUGAGCCUGUCCUCAGCUGUGCCAAAGAGCGCCAACAGGAAGAGUCUGUUGUCCAGAGUGAUGCUCCACAGGCCCCCCCUGAGGGCCUCACAGCAAGCAACAAGGAGGUUACAGAGAUGGAAAAAGAUACACAAGUUCCCAGUUCUCCACCAGUGGACCAAGAGGAGCCACAUUUAAAGACUGUGCCAGAGCAGCCACAGCAAACAGGACAUAAGCAGUACUGCUGCGAGGUGUGUGGAAAGGUCUUCAAACACCCAAGUAACCUGGAGCUGCACAGGCGCUCACAUACUGGUGAAAAGCCUUUUCAGUGUAAUGUUUGUGGGAAAAACUUCUCCCAGGCUGGAAAUUUACAGACACAUCUGCGACGACAUACUGGAGAGAAACCGUACAUUUGCGAAUUAUGUGGAAAAAGUUUUACUGCAUCUGGUGAUGUCCAGCGUCACAAAGUUGUCCACACAGGCGAGAAACCACAUCUGUGUGACAUAUGUGGCCGAGGAUUCAACAACCUUAGCAAUCUUAAGGAGCACAAGAGGAUACAUGCCACAGACAAGACUUUCACAUGUGACCAGUGUGGAAAGUCUUUCAACACCCACCGAAAGCUUCUGAAGCACAAAUCCCGCCAUGCUGGGGAAAAACCACACAGCUGCUCCACAUGUGGGAAGAGCUUUGUUGGCUCAGGAGACCUACACCGUCACAUACGCUCACACACCGGUGAGAAACCCUACCUCUGUACCGUCUGUGGCAAGAGCUUUACUCGCUCUGCCCUGCUGAGGAGACACAGCACCAGGCACUGCAAGGGAGCGCCAUCUGACAACCCUGUCACGGACAACUCGGACCCGCCUCAUAGCUCUGACGGAGGGGUCUCAUUUCCUAAACCUGUCAGUCACAGUAAACUUCCUGCUGCUACCAGCGAACAGCCUUUCCCCAGUAUGAUGCCCCAUGCAGGGUUAGAGAAGCCAUCGCAGCCAACAUCAUCACCACCGCAACCAACGCCACGUAUCGAACCCCCACCUUCCAGCAUGCAUAUCAGCCCAGCAUCUACCUCCACUUCACUUCCUGAACUGCGCUCCCUGGUUCCUCAUCACCUCCUUUCUUCCAACCACCAGGAGAGGAGUGCAUCUCUGAGCACCUCAGACCACAUGAAGCUAGCCAAAGCCCAUCUGUCCCAGGAGACUGGAUAUGGUCCUUAUGUGGAGAAUGGGCCAAUGUCAGCAGAGAUGGGCAGGGGUCUAGUAGGAAGGCAGUACGUGCCUCCCACAGACAGCCAGUGUAGUUCCCUCACAGGGUCUAGCAAACCCAACAGUAGCUCCUACAGGUCCAGCGAAGGCCAGUUUAUCUCCAGUGUAACUCUGUGGGGUUUGGCAAUGAAAACUCUGCAGAAUGACAAUGACAUAGAAUAGUCCAACAUUGCAUAACAUCCUUUUCAGAUAAGCACAGAGGACCUGCCUGGUGUUAACUGUUGAAUUUGGUUGUUUGCACUGGGCUCCUGGUUGUGUAAUAAUGCAAAACUGUUAUCUUUGCGUAAACAGAGCUAUAAAAGUACAAAAUUCACAAGUGAAAAGAUCGAAUUGGUGUCAUACAGUCAUAUUCACAGUGAGGACAGACCGAUUAUUUGUGCCAAUACUCACAUUUGUCCAAGUAUUGCUUUCAGUAGUUUUUAUAUGAUAAUGUAAAUUUAUACAAAUAUAACUUAUGUAGGCAUUAAUGCAGCCUCCUCUCUCUGUUUGUACUCAUCACUCUGUGGUCUCACGCAAUGUCCUGCCCACAGCACAGUCUGACUAGUUACGCAACACCAGUAAUAGCCUGACAACACUGAAAUGGGAAAAAAAAAAAAAUUAAAUAUUGAAUACUUUUUUCCAUUAUUCAGUGUUAAUAGUCGAAUCCAUUCAAUAUGAGUCUGUUGUAUUGUGUCUCCGAUCAAAUCCAGUGGUGUAGAUCAUGUGACCCACACAUACAGGCGACUUUGACGGCUUUGCAUCCAAUAUAUAAAACUUAAAACCAAACAUUGUUUUUAAAGAUACAUUGUCAUAUUUUUUUCAUCAUUUUUAUAAUGUUAUAUAAUAUUUUGCUCAAUUUUAGAUGUUAUCAAUCCAAAUAAUUAUGAAUUUAUGUCAAAACCAAGAAACUAUAAUAAAGUGGGUCACUAACAAUUAUGUCAAAAACACUUCCACAAAAAUUGAUGUUAGAAUUUUUCUAAAUCUUGACAUUAACCUUUUCUUUUUUAAAUUGCAAAUGUGUGUUGGUCCAAAAUGUUACAUUAAUCAGCAAUAAUCAGUAUUGGCAUCUUCUUCAAAGAAACGUAUGUGUCAGUUUCUAACUCACAAUGUUUUAUAGAUCAUAAAUAAUUUUUAUGAAGUGAUGUGAACUGUUGAAAACUGUGCCUAAAGUGCCACAUGAUUUGAGCUAGUACAACAACUGUAUCUAUACAACAAUACUCUGAUUCUAGGUUUGUUCCAACUGUGCUUAACCUAAAACAUUGCAGCUUUUAAAAUUAAGUUGAUCACCACAAUCAUUCGUACACUGCACUGCACUUUAUGCUGUAAUAUAUAUAGGCCUAUUUUAACAUGUUAAAUACAGGUCAAAUACUGAUGCAUUAUAUAUAAGAAUAAAAGUUGAACAGUAAAAAAGUCAUGUAUCAAUGAUAUUUAAUGAGAAGCAUAUCUGGUCACAUCAUUUUUAACUCUCCAACUGUUAACGUGUCUCAGGGACAUUUAAUUACUCAAGAUGGUUAUCGAUGUUCAUUUAAAAUAUGCAGAAGUACUCCAUUAAGAAUGAGGACAAAUGAGUGUAAUGAAAGAUAAAAAACAAAAACAAACAUUAGCCAUCAAAACAAUCAGACCCUCAUGUCUGUAGGUCAUGUCUGCCACACAGAAUAAUCCCACUAUGUUGUAAAAUAAACUAAAACAAACAUAGAUUUUAUCGAUGACCCUGAAAACACACUGCAACUUCAUGAAACCUCUAUCAAUAAUAUCAGUACUAUUAUCAGAAUGAGUUGGAAAAAGGAAUGCACAGUGAGUGUAAACACCUAAUCUGAAAUUAAACUAAGCUCUCAGUUCAGAAUUGUUUUUCAGACCAGCAAGAAAUUGAAAAUGUGGAUAGGUAUUGUUAAUGCAGUAUGUGUGUGAUUUUUUUUUUUUUUCUCUAGAGCAAUAGCUGCCAUGAUUUCUGAGAAAAUCACAUCAAUCUCAACAAGUGCUUUUUCUCCCAAUGGGAAUCACUCAUGUUAAAAUCUGAAUCUCAAGGUAAAUGGAGAUGUAGUAGAGACCUACCUUCUGCUAAAUGUUACAGUUGAAAUAAGCUGUAAAUAAUUACAGGUGCAGACAGACAGAUUAAACUACAGUGAUUUCUCUUAAACUUCUACACUUGCUUAAAAUGACUAAAUUCAUAAGUUGUGUUGUACUGUAUUACAAACAAUAGGGGGCGAUAGAAACCAGAUGCUACAGUUAAUAAAUAGAUGCACAGCAAAGAUUUUGGCCAAAAGCUCCAAUAUGUCAGAUCCCUCUAAAUUAUAAUACAACAUAUCCUAACUACAUGAAGCAUGUUAUCUAAUGCUGUUUUCUCUGCCUGUGUUCCACUUUGCUUCUGUUUCUCAGUGAUGUUCACCACACAUCCAGUAAACAUAAUGAAAGCUCACCACAGCAUGUGAGUCAUGUAAACAGAGCACAUUCACAAGAUAGGCAGCUGAUAACUGGCCGUCAUUGUUACAACAUACAGACACGGUUACUCCAUGCUUGCUGGAUUAGUUGCCUAGCAACACAGAAUAAGUCUGUUAUCAUGGUGUUCAUUCUCCUUCAUUGCCCUUUACAUGAAUACUCCCAUCAAUGAUGGACAAGACACAGGGAUUUAAGGUGGAAAACUAUAUCUGACCCUGAUGCAUCACACUUACAUGCUGCUGUGAAAAUGGCAUGUCACAUUGUGGAUGUUCAACACCUGCUGAAUUCAGUAGAUUUUCUCUGCUGCAGAUCUAUCAGUGUGUGAGGAGUGUGAAGAAAACUCUUCUGUUCCUCACUCCACGGACUCAGAAAGCAGUGAGAUAUUGAAACUGUCAAGUGUACUGAUCACCACCAGGCGCUAACAACAUCCCGGGUUCUUUAGUCGUUGAAGCAUCGGAGAGAACCCUCAUGAGGGAGAGGAGACCACUUAGACUCCUCUGUACGCUCUCCUGUAACCUUUCAGUGGGAUUGAGGCACUUAAAUGUGCCACUUUUCUGACAUGAUUGAUCUGAGUCCCUGUACUCUGUAGGUCUAGUCUGGGGUCUGCAACCUGCUCUAUCUAAAGAGGCAUUUUUGGACAGAAAGAAAAAGAAAUAUAUUUCUGCAGCAGCAAAA